CCAUUGCCCUCCCCUGAGUUUUACUUUCCUACUGACCUUGUUGCUUUGCAUUCUUGGGUAUCCAAAGAAGUCUGCCGAAAGUGGCCAUCAUUGCAAUGUGCAGCUCUGAUAUUUUUCUUGCCAUUCUGGCAGUCUUUUUCCCCCCGAUUUCAGUCUGGAUCAAAGUAGGAAUUUGCACCGCGGACUCGAUCAUUAACAUCGCUCUCUGCUGCCUCGGCUAUAUUCCCGGCUUACUGCACGCAUGGUACAUUAUCCUGAAGUAUCCGGAACCCGAUUACGAUGACCCGAACUACCAGCCUCUCUCCCAGGAUGGUCGCCAGCGACGAGACGUGGAAAAUGGCCGUGCGACGUACUAUUAUGUUUCUCACCAGCAGAUCGGGCAGCGUCCAGGCCAGAGAGGUUAUGGCACAGUGGAAUCGUCAUCGUCUGCUCCUGCUGCGCCCCCGGCAGCCACUCGGCCAUCGCCAUCUGCAGAACAGGCGCAUGAGGCAGAGCAAGAAAGCAGUAGCCAGGCUCAUCCGCCACCUACUUAUGCCGAAGCGGUCAAGGGUGAUCACAAGAUACAAACCCAGGACUAGGCGAUCAUGGUAGGCACUCGAUGCCAGAUCAUGACACGUACAAGACCAUUCCUAUACGGAGCUGCUCUGGGAAAAUGUCAUUUCUAUUACACUGUGCAUGAUUCCUACAAAAGAUCGCUCGAAUGUGCCUGAUACUUUUGUCUUUUAUGUUUUUUCUGCAGGUGGACUGUUGCUUUAGCCGUGGCUUGUAUAUGCUGCAAAGACUUAUGAACGUAAUGAAAUAGGG